GUACUGAAAGGCUGCAAGAAGCUGAACCUGUCUGUCCAUUCGGUGGGACGCAUCCCAGGGGGCUAUGUCACCAACCACAUCUACACCUGGGUGGACCCCCAGGGCCGGAGCGUGUCCCCGCCGACGGGCCUGCCACACCACCAGAACAGCUCCCUUCGCAAGGACAGUGAGAAGAGGAGCCACCUCCAGCUCCUGCAAGAAGGAGAUGAGAAAAAGGUGAAUCUGGUCCUGAAUGAAGGGAAAUCCCUGGGCCUCAUGAUCCGAGGAGGGGCAGAGUAUUCCCUGGGUAUCUACAUCACUGGUGUAGAUAAAGGCUCCGAAGCAGAGAGCACUGGCUUAAAGGUAGGAGACCAGAUCCUGGAGGUGAACGGCAGGAGCUUCCUCAGCAUCCCCCACGACGAGGCAGUGAAGCUCCUCAAGUCUUCCCGCCACCUCAUCAUGACAGUGAAGGACAUCGGGAGGCUGCCCCACGCUCGCACCACCGUGGACGAGACCAGAUGGAUAGCAAGCUCCCAGAUCGGAGAGACCCUCGUCAACUCAGCAGGGAGAGGUGCUCCAGCCCUCGGAUCGUCUUCGCCAAAGUCUGUCUCCUGUCUCCUGCAGCCUGUGUUUUACCGGGGCCUGGCCGGCUCCCAGGUAACGCUGAGCAGCAUGGUGAACCAGACCCGAGUCAUGCUGGAGGAACAGGCACGGCACCUGCUGAAUGAACAGGAGCGAGCGACCAUGGGGUACUACCUUGAUGAGUAUAAGGAAGGCAACAUCUCCGUGGAUGCUCUGGUCAUGGCGCUCUUUGAGCUGCUCAACACACAUGCUAAGUUCUCACUGCUUUCAGAGGUGCGGGGUGUGAUCUCCCCGCAAGACCUCGACCGCUUCGACAACCUGGUGCUGAAGAGAGAGAUUGAGUCCAUGAAGGCACGUCAGCCCUCGGGGCCCAGCAUCGGCACCGACUCCUACUCUAUGAUGUCGUACAGCGACACCGUCUCUUCCUCGAGCAGCCACUUCACUGCCACAACCGUCAGCUCAGCCCGGGAGCGACUCUUGUGGCUAAUAGACCUGAUGGAGAACACGUCAGAAUUGGAGGGAGGUGGAGACGGCCACCAAAGUAGCAUCAACACCUUGCCGGACAUCUCCCUGGAUGAUCUCUCCUCCUUCCCAGAUGAACCACCCAACUUCAAGCCUCCACCUCCUCCUUCAGCCCCUCAGAUGCUCGACCCCUCUGCUGCCCAGCACAGGAACCCAGGGAAAGACAAGCCCAAACGCCCUUCCUCCGAGUCCUCUCAGUCAGGCCUUUUCUUCGUGGCCCCCCGAAACCCCACGCCCCCUCCUAGCCACCCCGAGAAGGACACAGUCAGCAUGACCUCCACCCCUACCACAUCCACCGAGGAGUCUGCCCCAAGCCCUAUCUAUGCUACCAUUUCCCCGGCCCUGCACAGCUCCAGGAGGCAAAUGGAUGCCCAGCUCUCCUUGGUCAGCCAGCACCCCAUCGGUCCCUUCCCCAGGGUCCAAUCCCCAACGAGGCUGAAGAGCCCAUCCCCGGAUGGCCCCGCAGCUGGUGGGCUUCAGAGCCCCCCUUCCCCAUCCCCUCCUCCUCCUCCACCCCACCCGGCACCCCCUCCACCAGACAAGGGCAGCCCACAAGCCAUGGCCAACCAGCAUUUCAUCAUGGUAGAGGUGCACCAACCCAACAGCGAGCCCGACGUCAAUGAAGUGAGGCCCUUGCCCCAGGCCAGAG